AUGAUAGGUCAUUCUUUUUUACAUGGAGGUCCUUGUCUUUCUGGACUGAGUUUACCUGUGGUCAUCCUUCUAACUGGAGGGAAUGCUGACAGCGCGGCUUCAGCUCUGACACUGCAGGAUUGCCCAGACCUAGACCACAGGGAAACCAUUAGUUUGCUCAAGAAAACACAACUCACUGAAGAAGAAAUGACUCGAUUGACAAAUCUUUGCCUUUUCUGGGAUCUCCCUGUUCCAUCGUUGCGUAAUCGAGACUGGCUGUUUCAACAGCUGUUGUCACAUGCUGUACUUGGACGUGUUAAGUGCCAGAUUAAAGAUUUGAGAAAAGGCAUCAAAGACACCGGCAUCUGGCCACUUCUCUCCCAGAGACUAGACAGUCACCACAUUGUUUUCCCAAGGGAGUCAGUUCAGGACAUUACAUCACAGGGAAUUCUUCAGAAAAUUGUAUGGCCUAAACCUGUGGACAAUAUGGAUUAUGAGGACAAUGAUGACUCCAUUACUGUUGAAAAAAUGUGUGUCAUCACAGGCUAUAUGCGAAGAUUUAUUGAAGAAGCAUCACCAACCAUGCUGAAUCACCUAAUGAAGUUCUGGGUGGGAUGGGAGUUGCCAGAAGAAAACCUGGAGUUAGAGUUGGUGACUGCCAAGUUCCCUGUUGCAUACACAUGUUUCAAAACAUUGCGCCUUCCCUGUCACUACAAGAGCUACGCUGCAUUCAGAAACAGUCAAGAAUAA